UGACCAUAUUUGUAGUCUUAUGUGUGAAUAAUGCCUGGAGGCGAUGAGUUCAGAGUAGGAUCAAAGGUCGAAGUAAUCGGCAAAGAUCUCCGAGGUGUCGUUGCAUUCUGCGGACUGACAAGUUUUGCAACCGGAAAAUGGAUUGGAGUAGUUUUAGAUCAUCCGAAUGGCAAGAACAAUGGAACUGUUCAAGGCAAGACUUACUUCUCGUGUCAAGAUAACUACGGAAUAUUCGUUCGGCCGAAUCAGCUUUCUCUUUUGGAGGACGCUUUGCCGCCCCCGUCAACGCCGUCACGAUCAACACAAUCGAAGCUAUCAAAACCGACAAGUGCGCUAAAGCCUCCUAGUUCGAGUCUGAAGCCACCACGAUCGUCCGCUAGUAGCACCUCUCUCUCCAAAUCGACCAGUCAGGUGUCGCUGACUGCUUCAGACGCUGGAGAUUCAAAGCAGGUUGCGAAAGAAGACAAACAACAUGCAAAAACUCAGGAGACGCCUGCGCCACCGGUGAAACAAGAACCAGAGGAACCCCCCGAAUCUGUUAUCCUGCCUCCGGAAAUGCCUAAGUUCGGUAGCGCGACGACAGAUGCUGCACUUGUAGCCGAGAAUGAGAAUUUGCGAGCCCAAAUACAAGAUCUAACCGAGAAAUUAAACACUAUCAAAGUGAAACGAGCAGAGGAUCGAGAUAAAUUGAAAGAUUACGGCGCAUUGAAAAUGCAAGUGAGCAUGAUUCCCGAGUACAAAUCGAAGUUAGCCGAGUUGCAGAAAGAAUUGCAGACGACGCAGAAAAAAGCAGAAGAGGCGGCGGCUAGUUUCAAUGCAAAAAUCGAGGAGUACCAGGACGUUGGAGAUACCCUGGAAAUGUUGACCCUGGACAAGGAAAUGGCGGAAGAGAGGUGUGACACAUUGAAGUACGAAAACGAGACUCUUAUUUUGAGAGUGAGUGAGUUGGAAUCUGAUUUGAAGGUCAUUAAGGAAGAGAUUCAGUCGAAGGGGACAGAAGGCGUGGCUUCUGAUUAUGAGUACAAGCAGUUGGAGGCACAAUGUACACGGCAAAAGGAAGCUUUGCUGAGACUUCGUGAACUGAUGGCGGAACAGAAUGCAGUCAAAGACGCCUUUGAAAAAGACCAUAAGAGGUUGGAAGCUACAGUGGCUGCCUUGACGGCAGAGAAGGAAAAGUUAGCGAGUGAGAAGAAAGUGGCUGAAGAAGAAUCAUCUAACUUGAAAGAAUCGGUGGACGCUGCGUUUGGAUCGGAAAAAAUGAUUGAAAUGCUGACUUCGAAGAAUUUGGAACUGGAAGAGAAAUGUUCACAACAAGAGGAAAAUAUUGCUGAAUUGGAAGAGUUGAUGGAAAUGAAUAAUGAAAUUGAGGAGAACUUCAAGCAAACAGAGCAGGGGCUGCGGGAAGAUAUCGACAUGAAAGAAUCGGAGUUGAGAGCUCUUAGUACGAAAGCGGACCACUUAACUGCAGUUGUGAACGAUAGAGAAAACACUAUUCUCAAAUUCCGAAAUUUGGUGCAACAGCUCAAAGAGGAAAUAGAGACUCUAAAAGCUAGUCAGAGUGAAAAUGCUGCAGAAGAAUCUGGAAAAGGCGCGGAUGAAAUGAAAGUAAUUUCUCCUCAGUCUUUCUCGCAGCCGGUUCCGCUACCCUCUGCGCUCAACGCGGAGUUGAAGGCAAAACAAACUGCACAAAUAGUAGUAAAGUCACUAGAAUGUGAACUGAAGGAUCUCGAACUUAAAGGCCUCGAGGACAAUUUAUCCUUCGUUUUAUCUUAUUUGCCAGAUACUUUUUCGAAGUCGGCCGGUGAUUUGGACUGUAUACGAGCUUCUAUUUGUCUACCUAGGAUGAGUGAAAAAAUUAAGCUGUUGAUAAAAUACGCCAAGCAAAAAAACGGCGCCGUUGAAGAGAGUCUAAGUUCGUCUUCGGAACCAAAGAAACCUUCGGACGCCUCUGAAAGUCCUUCUUUUGCCGUGAACUUGUCAGUCAAAUUGCUCAGUUUGAAAGUUCUGCUCGAUCAAGUGUCUUUCAUUUUGAACUCCUGUUCAGUAGAAAAAUUUCUGCGUGUGGGCUCUGUGUACCCGGAAAUGCUGGCACACGAGAAAUCAGUGGAGGCUUUGAUAAAUCUGUUCAAAAAGGACCAAUUAGAUCACACUUGUCGCUUGGACAGUAUCUCCAGAGCACAGACAUUCUUCGAACAACUGCUGAAAGCUGUGUUUGCUGGAGAGAAAACGAAUUUAUCCGAAGUGUUUCAUAGCUAUAUUGAAAUUUUACAGGAAAGCGCGCAAGUAAUUAACUUGAGCUGCGAGAAAGUUAGUUCUUAUCUGAACCCAAAUCUAGAAUUCGAUGACUUCUUAAUGUACCUCAAAGAGACCAUUCAGUUUAGCCAAGACAUCAAAAAAGUAGCGAGGAAAACGAAGCGACAGUUUCCUUCGGCGGAAGGCCGGACGUUCAAGGUAACGAUAGAGCAAGUAGCAGAAAUGCAAAGUUACGUGGAAAUGAUUCGGCCUUACGCGUAUGUGUUUUACGAACUAAGUCGGGAAACGGAAAUUGCUUCGUCUGUUUUGAACGAAGGGGAAUUUAUUUCGAGUGAGCGAUUGGCAGAAUUGAGAGACCAGUGCAUGACCGACGCGAAUCAAUCGUACGCCGCUAUGAAGCCGGUUCCGACUAAAGUCCAAAAAUACAUUGAACAUAUUUGUACUCAAGCUGAAGAAGGCGAUUUUGAGGAAGUCGACGUGUCACAAUAUCCCCAGCCGGUUUAUCAGCACGCCGAACAAACGAAAGCCGAAUUGGCGAACCAAACUCGGACCGCGGAAGACGCCGAUAUGAAAUCAGCUGAGUUGAAGGAAGUUAAAAUCAAACUUCGUCAGAAAGAAGAAGAACUUGCGAGCAUGAAUGUUAAGAUAGAUCUCAUUGAGCAAAAGUCAAAAACGGUACCAAAAGCGAUGGAGGAAAAAAUGCGUGUGCUGAAAGAAGAAAUCGAAAAAGGCAAGCAGGAGUUAGAAAACUGUAAACGGACGCAUGCUAUAACCUUGAAUGGCCUGGACCAGGAAAUUAAGGAGCUGGAAACAACUAACAAAGAACUGAAGUCGAAAAUUAAUGCUGUUUCUAUGCGUGGUUUAGUAGGAGGUCUUUCGAAGUACGCAACGAAUACAGCUUCAAAGGAAGAAACUUCAGUUAAAGUUGUUGACUCGCCUCUGCUCAGAGACGAAAUUUCGUCUCUGAGAAACGCAUUGAGGUUCUCACAACAGGAAGUAUGGCGCAUGCGUGGCGAAAAAAUGAGGGCUCAGCUAGCGAAAUUGAAACCUUUGAGGGUCCCAGAGAAGCCUAUUGGCCUGCAAAGUCAGACCGGGUUCGUCAAGUUGGACGGAGGUGACAAGGCCUCGACUUUGGGAUCCCUGACACGUCAAGCAUCGGCUUUAGUUUCGGAGUUGGACAGACUAUGUGUGAGUCCUCGAGUGGUGGAUAUUACGAAGAGAAAGGCGGGAACUGUGCCUACCGUGGACAAACUGUCUUCGGUGCAGCAGCUGGUGGCCAUGAAAACUCAUCAUUUGAAAGUGCAGAAUAAGCUGGAAACGCUGAGAGAAAAGGUGCUGAAUUACACCGCAGUUGAAUAUCCAGCCAAGAAUGGAAACAUGGCCAACCCUCAGAAUUCUCUGUUCGCAGACCGGGAAGAAAUUAAGAGAAUCAAAGGCAACCUCAACCCGAAUCUAAUCGCGAAAAUUGAAUUACCGUCGAAGUCAUCGCAAAUUACUGACUCUACUAAAGUCUUUUUAAGCAGAGAGCAAUUCUUCGAGCUACAUCGAUCGUUGUUCAGACCAGAAUGAAAUAAAAACGGGCUCGCAAGUUGUUGGGGGAAAAGCGGUGAUUUUGUACAAGUCUGUUCAGAAGUCAGAAUAAAGUAGAAAAAAAAUCAGAUAUCUGAUUUCUAGUUUUGCGUGUUAGUUCUCUCAACAAGAAUCUAAAAGCUAUCAUAGGUGUUGUUCAUUUUAGAUAAAUUUUGCUCUUUCAAUUACAAAUUAUAUGCCUGAAAAGGUUAUUUUUUCUGACCUGAGUUGUACAGAUUCAUUCCUCAUUAUUUUGAAAACUCGAUUCGAAGGUGGUGUUAGUUAAAUUGUAGGAAAUGAGGGUCCUUUAAUUAUGCUUUGUUUGGGUAAAAUUAAUU